UUUUUUUAGAAAAAGUAGGCAGAGGCAAUCGAGUUCAGUACUUUAAAAAUAGGAUAGGGUGUUUCUAACUAGGUUAUUUAGAAACGACAGGAAGGGUGACAAUGACCGCGACGACUUCGUAUGUGAACUCGUCGGCUUAUGGAUUCUGCGUAUUGGCAGCGGAGCGAUUGCCCGAGAUCAGACAGCAACUAUUGCAAGCUGCAGCGCGCUUCGGCGAGGAUCAGCUCCGUGGGACCAUUUUGCUGUCCACAGAAGGCGUGAAUAUUCGACUAUCGGGGUCGUCAGAAGCUGUGGAGGCCAUGAAGGUCGCGAUCACUGGCUUACACCCGGAAAUUCGCGGUUUGGAGUUUAAAGACUCGUACUCCGAGCGUAUGACGCUGCCGAGAAUGUUGGUGAAGAUAAAAAAGGAGGUGAUCUCUAUGGGCAUGAACGAAGUGAACCCGGCGGUCGACGGACUAGCUGCACACAUUUCAGCUGAAGAGUUCAAGACGUGGAUGGAUGACGACAAGGAUAUGGUCAUCUUGGACACGAGGAACGACUACGAAGUAAGAUUGGGCACGUUUGAGAACGCAGUAGACCUGAACAUUAAGAGUUUCCGCGCGUUUCCAGAUGAAGCGCGGACGCAACUACAGCAGGUACCUAAGGAGAAACCCAUCGUGAUGUUCUGCACUGGUGGAGUGCGGUGUGAGAAGGCGUCGUAUGCAUUGCUAAACGAGGGCCACAAGGAGGUGUAUCAGCUGGAUGGCGGCAUCCUCAAGUAUUUUGAGAAAGUGGGCGGUGCUCAUUACAAGGGUGACUGCUACAUCUUCGACGAUCGUGUGGCGCUCAAGCCGGAUCUCACCGAGGCGGCGGUCGUAUCCUGUUUUACGUGCCGCAGUCCUCUGACAGAAGACGACCAAGGAUCUUCGGAUUAUGAACCGAACAAACACUGCCCGUACUGCAAGAAUGGCAAGCAGGACUUCCGGCAUCUAGGCAAGCAGCAACCAUAGCAACCAUAGUUAGUUGCUGAAGGUGAUGCGGCCAAUGGGAGCAGCGUGGAACCCACUUGCAAAUAAAGGAAAACUGUCUACGCUGAAAAGCAAAGGCUUCAUUGUGGCCGUUAGGGGUGAUAUCUUUAAAGCUAUGGAGACACAAUAAUGGCCCAUGUAUACAUGCAGGGAUUCUCAAUCUCAAGUUGAGAUUUCCCAACGACAUUUUGUCACCCAGCCAAAACAUCGACCACCGAGAUGGCUACACUUAA